AUGUAUCCUAUAGCAUUUGCUGUUGUUGAGAUAGAAAAUAAGGAUUCAUGGAGCUGGUUUCUGGACCUAUUGAAUGUGGACUUCAAAAUUGAAAACUCAAACCAUUGGAGCUUUAUUGCAGACAAGAAAAAAGGUUUAGAGCAAGCCUUGAAGGGUUUGUGGGAUGAGGGUGUACCUGAGGCCGAGCACAGGCAUUGUGCAAGGCAUCUAGAGAAGAAUUUCAGCAAAAUUUUCAGGGAUAAAACCUUGAAAGACCUUUUAUGGAAAGCUGCAAGAGAGGUAACUAUUAGGAGAUUCGAAGCUGUGAUGUUGGAGAUCAAAUCAAUUAAUGAGGAAGCAUACAACUGGUUAUUGGCUGCAGGUCCACAUCAUUGGAGUAGAUCACACUUUAGGACUCAACCUAAGUGUGAUAUACUUGUAAAUAACAUGUGUGAGGGAUUCAAUGGUACAAAGUCAAUAUUGGCAGCCAGAGAUAGACCAAUAUUGUCGAUGUUGGAGCGUAUUAGGAUGUACAUGAUGCAAAGGCUCACUAAAAAUAGGCAUUCCGUUAUAAUGUGGGAGUCUAGCAUUGCACUAAGGGUCGCAACUGUUCUUGAAAAGAACAAGGUAGAAGCUGGAAGUCACAUUCCCACCAAAGGGAGUGAAUUUAUGUACCAGGUGAUGAACAUGUACGGGGGCAUGUACUCUGCCGAUUUAGCAAAUUGGGUCUGCUCUUGUAGAAGAUGGGAACUCACUGGUAUUCCAUGUAGCCAUGCUGUUGCUGCUAUUUUGCAUAAAAGAGAGGAUCCAGUGACAUAUGUCUCCAAAUGGCCUAAGAAAAGCAGAAGAGUUGAACUUGAUGAGUUUGCUCCACCAACAGCCAAGAAAUUGAAACGAAGAUAUGUGAGAAUGAGAUGUUCUGGCUGUGGUGCAAUGGGCCACAACUUCAAAACUUGUGUUAGAAACAACCUCAAUUCGGGAAAAGACAACCCCCCAGCUGAUCCUGGUACUUAUGCUAGAAAUAGCAGUCAGCCAGAAAAUGCUUCUGUGAGUUCAGCAACAAAUCUAAGUGCUCUACAAGGAAUAAUGCCACCAUCUCAACAAGUUCCAUUCAACCCACCCUGGCAAGGUAGCACCACAGUUGCAACAAGGACCAAACAUAUUUAG